UUGAGUAAUUGCAUCUUCUGUUAAUUGCUUUGAGCAGGGUAAUUAUCAUGUAGAUAUUUUAUUGUGCAUGUGACACAGUGCACGUCGGCCCUGGUCCUGCCCGGAGCCCCUCCCAUGGUCAAACAGCUGAUGAGCGAUGACGCUGCACAUCCAGGCCCCUGAGGACCUGACAGCCUGGAGGGACAUUUAAAGUUUAAAGGGCCCCAGUGGACAGCUGGGUGUGUCCGUGCAGCGUGGGAGUGUGCACGAGUACUUGUGUGCAGUUUGAUGAAUCCUGAAGCUCAGAGUGUCGCACACCGUGAGGACUGAGGGACCUGAGGACAUUUACACAGCUCAAACGUCUUCUCCUUCAGAUCUGAAUCCUGCAGGACGUCUUCUCCUCCAGCGGAGUUUGUGUUGACGUUGUGUUGACGUUGUGUUUGUCGUUCCUCCACCAUGGGAGCGUUCAUCGCCAAGAUGCUGCUGCCCACAGUCAGCAGCCUGGUGUUCCUCCCUGCAGCCAGCGUCGCCGCCAAGAGGGGCUUCCACAUGGAGGCCAUGGUCUACUUCUUCACCAUGUUCUUCACCGCGAUCUAUCACGCGUGUGACGGACCGGGUCUCUCCAUCCUCUGCUUCAUGAGAUACGACGUCCUGGAAUACUUCAGUGUUUACGCCACGGCCCUCUCCAUGUGGGUCACACUGAUAGCUCUGGGCGACUUUGACGAGCCUCAGCGCUCCAGCAUCACCAUGUUCGGGGUGCUGACCAUCGCCGUGAGGAUCUACCAGGAUCGCUGGGGCUACGGGAUCUACUCCGGACCCAUCGGAUCGGCCGUCUUCAUCAUCACUGUCAAAUGGCUGCAGAAGAUGAAGCAGCUGAGGGCCGUGUACCCGGACAAGAAGGUGUACACGCAGCAGGUCGGUCCAGGCUGCUGCUUCGGCGCCCUCGCUCUCAUGUUACGUUUCUACUUUGAGGAGUGGGACUACGCCUACGUCCACAGCUUCUACCAUCUGUCUCUGGCUGUGUCCUUCGUCCUGCUGCUGCCGAAGAAGAACCGCUACGCAGGGACGGAGCGAAACGCUGCCAAACUCAGCUGCUUCACGUUGUGCUGCUGCUCCAUGUCCCCGGGCACAGUCAAAGACAAGACGGACAAGCCCAAGAAGAAGAAGUCUCGCUCCGUGUGGACGGUCCCCACUGAGAAGCUGUGGACACGAGGCUGCAGCACCCCCACCCUGCCUCUCUUCACCCCCCCGCCCUCCUCGCCUGUCAAAGGCACCAGCAUCAGCAAACUCAAAGAGAUGAACGGCUGGAAGUGAAGCCGAAGACUCCGAGCGCAGGAGGACUUCAUCCCGAGGAGCGGGCGUGGACGACGCUGGGAAAAUCACCAAAGAACUGUCGGCCAAACGCUGAUAAACUUGUACGUGGCUGGUAAGUUAAUCUACUUCAGCAGGAAACCAACCAUCAUGUGGACGUUCCUCUCCACUCCAAAGAAUCCUUUUGGCCAGUAGAAUAUUUAAGGUCAGCAGCGACUUCAGGAAUCCAGCCGCCACCGUAGCCAGUCGCUGAGGAAACGUCACAUCAGUGCCCUGAUGUGGUCGUUACAUUUUUAGGGCACGAGCUAAAAGGCGAGUCGGGCCCCUGAAGGCCCUGGAGACCCGAUAAGACGACAGCUGUGAGGAGGCCGCGCGCUGCGAUCGAACGCACACACAGCACGAACAGCGAGACGGUGGCUGAGACGAGCCAGUAAAACUGACUGGAAGAUUUACGAGGAGAACAAACAGGCAGAUGGUUUAUCUCUCCAAGAUAUAUAAAUUAUCUUUAGAAAUGUUCCUCAGGGGACGGCCUUCGUCUGCUCGCCUCCGUCUGUCCACCCCUCCUCUCCGUCAGGAAAAGGAACCACGCGGUCCGACUCGUUUGUGAGAGUUACAAGACUGUAAAGCACAUUUUACCGUUUUUAUACGUCCUCGCGGUGCUAAAUGUGUCAUGAGGAGCAUCAGACGCUGGAGUGAGAGGAAGCAGCGGCCCAGACGUCGGUCUGCGACCAAACUGAAGCAUCCUGACGUGUUUCUGGAUCCACAGGUGGACUCGUCUGUCUCUAAUGUUCAGACUGUGUAACGUCUCUGCUGGAAACCUUCAUCACCAGGUUAUUUAUUGCAGGAUGUUGUAUAUUCAGUAUAAUGUGUGUUGUUUUUUAGCAAAUAAAAUGAAAUGUCGUGUUUCUGUUUGGAACUGGUCUCUGGAGAGUUCAGGGAGUUUUACAGCCUCGCUGGUCUGAUCCAUUCUCAUUUCAUGAACUUUGUAGAAACUGACCAUUGACAAAACCCCCGACUGGCACAUACUUCAAGGCCUCUUCAACUCUAAUCCCAAACUCUCGUAUCCUGUUCCACUCUCACUUCGGGACGACGUGGAGCUGUGCGUCCGCGCACGUCACCUGCCCGAACACGACCCAAAGACUACAAACGUCUUGUGCGUAUCUCAGACAAAACAGUGGUCGGCCAAAACGUGAAUGAACCUCCCUUCCACCAGGGAAUGUUUUGAGUCUGGGCCAAGCCGCCAGCUCCUGUGCCCAGAGAAAGGUGUUUUUGUCUGGGCUCGGAGACCCAGCUGGCCGGGCCACCGGCACCUCCCUGCUGGCUGCACCUCGCGGCCCUGACAGGACGGUAACUCGAGCCUUUUAUUGCACAAGUGUGAAACACUUCUCAGCUCCUUUACGACCGCUGUCUGUCCCACACCGCUCUGCUGAGGGGCUGAGGCCCACACACAUUCAGGACUGUGUUACUACGCUUGUGAAGACUCCACCGGCCUCAAACACUGAUUAGUAUCAGAACUGAAUCUGAAUCUUGACCCGAAAUUCAAGUUCUGACCUUAAAAAGGACCAGAAAACUGUCCUCAUGAAGGAGCCGCUGACCAGGACGCCACACGGUCCUCACAAACACACACACUCGUCUGAGGGCCUGGACCUGUCGUCCUGUCGUCCGCAGGUCGUAUCGGACGCAGACGUUGAUAGUGUCAACACAAUAAGUCUUGAUUGACAGUCCUCCGUGGUCGUCUGCACCCACAUUCCCCGGCGGCGUGGAAUUUCAUUGGGUAUCGAAAUUAAGUAAAGAAAUACAUCUGAACAAAUAAGAAAAGACUUCUAGACGAGAAGGAGGUUUCCUCUCGUGUUCCACGUGUGGCGGCUCGUUAGAAAAAGGUAAAGGAGGAAAAACUCCGUGUCAGUUUUCAUCAGAGUCAAUUAAGCAGCGGACUUCGUGGCGAGAAGCGACUGCGACAGACUCUGGUAUGUUUGGCAUGUUUGUGCUCUCGGGUUCUCUCGAUGGCGAGACAGCAGCGCCGGUGCCACAGGUCGUUUCUCUGAGGGCCGGCUGUUGCCACAGCUGUUGUUAAUGCUGCGAGGUCAGCUGACUCUCUGAGAACACGAGUUCAUCACAUCUUCACGAAGCGACCAUCAGGGGUCAGAGUUCACCGACAUGUGGACAGGUUAUUCGCCUCCUCGCUCACACUUUGAUUUGGAGGUUUAAAUAUGAGUGAGCGAGCAAAGAGCUUUACAGUAAAACUCCCAUUCACACUUUCAGCCUCUUCUACACACAACACUUCAACAGGGGCAGUUUGGGGUUCACUCUCUUGCCCAAGGACACUUCAGAAAUCAGGCUAGAGGAGCCGGGGAUCAAACCACAAACCUUCUGUUUAGUAGACGACCCGCUCUCCCUCCUGAGCACACUGAAGAGUGUGUGUGUGUGUGUGUGUGUGAACAGAAGAUUGACCUCUGACCUUCAUUAGGACACAAAUCAAACCACUCAGACAAUUUAAAUCAAUUUUAAAUCCUGAAUUUUUAUUU